AUGAUGGAACAAAGUCACAAUCUAAAAACUAAUAUAUUUCCAAAUGAAAUAUUUCAACAUGCUCUUGCAUUACUUCCGUUAAAAGAAAUAUAUUCAUUCAAGCGAGUCAAUAAAGUAUGGUAUCGUUUAUGUGACCAUGCAAUCGUUGAACACAUUACAACCUCGGGUUCAAAGAUCCACGUUCGAGCUGGUACCUCAAAGAAGCCAAAACUUUGUUAUGAUCUUAAUUUCGUAGGUUAUGAUCCUAUUUCAAACAUUUUCACAUUCCAACCUCUUCAUGAUAAUAUAGAAUCGACUUUUUGUUAUCUAAAACAUUUGCGAGAAAUUAGAAUAUUAUUUGGAGAAUGGGAAGGUGUCAAUACAACACUAAACAAAUUUUCCCCAUCGGAUCCGAAAUUUGAAAUUCCUAAUAGGCAUGUUGAUCCGCAAGCAUCCGAGGUGUUAAGACGUGCUAAAUUAGAAUUUCAUAAAAAUUACAUAGAGUCCUUACGGAAAGUAUAUCAAUUAGAUGAUGAACCUUCAUUAAAAGAAGGAACCAUGAUAUCCUGUUUAGGAGACAAAGAUAUCGUAUUAAAGUGUCAUAUAACUACCGCACUUCCUUGUAAUGUACCGAAUGACCAACUGAAUUUCGAGGAUGAUGAUGCAGGGGGUGUGGUUUAUAGUUUAAAGAUAGAUUUCGUUAAAGUUUGUGCUUCUUGGUUAGUUUCUGGUACAACAUCAAAUUUUAUUCCAGAGGAUUCGCGAAAUCAAAUAUUUGCUCCUAGAUUUAAUCUUUUGGAUCAAAUUCUUGCCGAGCACAACAUUACAAGAUAUUAUCGUUAUUCUUCAAUAGGAAAUUUUUCAAUACGAAGUAAAGUUGAAACGGCAUUAGAGGAACAAAAUGUGAAAAAACAAAACAUGUGGAAAUAUUCUUUAGUAGCACGAUUCCUUUGCGAUCCUGAUUCUUAUCCUGAUCCUCUCGACAUGGUCGUGGAUAGGGUUGUUCGUGCCGAACGUAGUGAAUCAGAUCAAAUGAAAGACAAUAAUCAUCACAAACUUUCAAGAUUCUCUCGUGGAUUAUAUUUCAUAAAAAUGAAAUUUAUUUUAUCAGAUACUUAA